GUGAUAACUGAUAUUAACUCUGUGUUACCGAUUCCGUCAAUGAAUUUAUAAAAAUUAUUUACCUACCGUAUCAUAAAUGAAAUUUAAGGAUAUAGCAAUAAAAAAUCGUAAAAAAUGACUUCAGAAUUAGAGGAUAAAUCGCUAAGAUACAGAAGAGCACAGAGUGUGACUAAAGCAGAAGAAAUUACUGCUAAAGAAAAUAAGGCCCGUAGUCUCCAAUUUGAUAAACCACUUCAUAAGCCCAGAGAUUCUCUAUUUUCAUGGAGCUCACAGUUCACAAAUUUCACUGGCUUAGUCAACUGGGGAUUUCUCAUGCUGAGUAUUGGUGGACUUCGUUUAUUCCUUGAAAAUAUAUUAAAAUAUGGUAUACGUGUUAAUCCUUUGGAGUGGAUAAUAGUUUUGACUGGCUAUAAUGAUGGGAAUAAGCAUCAGUAUCCUUCAAUUAUACUAUUGAUUUUUAGUGUGGUACCUGCUGUAACAAGUUUGCUUAUUGAAAAAGCUAUUGCUGUGGAUAUAAUUUCUGAGAAAAUUGGUAUUGGCUGUCAAAUAACAAAUAUAUUAUUUGUGAUCACACUACCUGUAGUUGUGCUGUAUUACAAAGGCCCUGAAUUUAGUUUUGUGGGAAUUUCAACAGUAUGUAUGAUAUAUCUAAUCAUCUUUUUGAAAUUGUGGAGUUACACACAAACAAAUCAUUGGUGCCGCAGUGGGAUGAAGGGUAAACAAGCAAAGAAUAAAUUGAGAAGGCAGAGUUUGUCUGCACCUAAUUGGAACAAAUUAAUACAUGCUGAACAUGAGCAGAGUUUUGAUGAAGACAAAAACGAUGCGAUUGCCGCGGCGCGCUUGGUCAAGUAUCCCGAUAAUCUUAAUCUGAAAGAUUUGUUUUAUUUCCUGUUGGCACCCACGCUCUGUUAUGAGUUGAAUUUUCCCCGCACGACACGAAUAAGGAAGCGAUUCUUGGUGAAACGAUUGCUGGAGGUUAUUUUUGGAGUGCACCUUGUGUUGGCGCUCUUCCAGCAGUGGAUGAUACCGUCAGUUACCAACUCUGUUGAUCCGUUUACUGAUAUGGACCCCAUCAAAAUAACUGAGCGGUUGCUUAAGCUUUCCGUACCCAAUCACCUAAUAUGGCUUUUUUUCUUCUACCUAUGUUUCCAUUCGUUCUUAAACCUGAUGGGUGAACUCCUUCACUUCGCCGAUCGCAAGUUUUACGCUGAUUGGUGGAACGCGAACAACAUAUCCGUAUUUUGGAGCACGUGGAACUUGCCCGUGCACAUGUGGGCGGUGCGUCACGUCUACAUACCCAUCACUCAAAUGGGGUAUAGUAAAGUCGCUGCUAGCACUGUAGUAUUCUUUAUAUCGGCGUUUUUCCAUGAAUAUUUGGUAAGCGUUCCACUACAAAUGUUCAGGAUCUGGGCGUUCUUAGGUAUGAUGGUGCAGCCGCCCUUAGCGGUUAUAUCGCGGUGGGCGGAAAUAAGGCUUGGCGCACGCUGGGGCAACAUUAUGGUGUGGGCAUCGCUCAUACUGGGACAACCCCUAGCCAUCAUGAUGUACUACCACGACUACGCGAUAGCACACUUUAAACCUAUACAGGAGUAAACUAUUAUAAGGUACUUACUUUUAUAAGCAUAGGCAAAAUCGCUGGCAAAAUGACAAGUGAACUACUUAUUAUUAUACAUUGGAAAAGC